GACAGGACCCACAACCCACCUGUACCACUCGGCUAGACGGUGCUCGGUUGAUCCAGCCGCACAGUAUGCCCAUAAGGCCCAUUCGAGGUAUACUUACGAGAGCGCACGAGUGAGCCGCGCGGCAAACGAGCGAGCGAGCGGAGAACCGAUCGGGCAGUCGAAGUGGGACCGCGGAUAAUAAACGUGCAGAAGUGGGGGCCGAUUCAAGAAUCGAUGUGGACACCCUCGCCUACCAAAGUCAUUCACCUAACGGUCAUCGGCGCGUCAAGAGUCUUCAUCUUCUUCCGUUAUCCGGUCUCGCCAAUCGCGGAGACUCGCGUUCGCCAUCGAUCGGUUCGCGACCUGUUGCGCGAAAGAAGUCGCGGCGAGGUGUAAAUACAAGUUAGAGACUGAUCCGAACAAAGUUCGCGACGUUCUGGAACUGCCCGCAAAAAAAAGAGAGUGGUGAUUUCUCGGAGAACUCAAUUUUGAGUAUCAAACAGUGGAAGAGUUAAAUUAAGUUGAUUGUGACGAAAGACCUUAAUUCUUUCAAAAAAAAAAUCGCAUACAUUCUAGUGUGCGUAUGUGUUUCUAAGUGUGACUGAUCAUGCGGUUUUGUGUCAUCUUGCUCCCACCAAUGACUGGGGACAAUGGACAACACCUCCCAGUGUUCAACAUCUUGUAAAAUGGCGAGUAGUGUCACGGGAGACAUAUUAUCGGAAAAUAGUUGUGAUACAUUGGAAUGCUCCGUCUGAAAUCGAGUCGCUGCAUAUCUGCACAACGUUAAUUCAUCAUAAUAGCAAAAAUGAACCAACAGUGCAAGGUGUGCGGUGAACCAGCGGCUGGCUUCCAUUUCGGUGCAUUCACCUGUGAGGGUUGCAAGUCUUUCUUCGGGCGCUCGUACAACAACUUGAACACCAUCGCUGACUGCAAGAACGAUGGCAAAUGUGUGAUAAAUAAGAAGAAUCGCACCGCGUGCAAAUCUUGCCGUCUGCGAAAAUGCAUCUACGUCGGCAUGUCAAAGUCUGGCUCGCGAUAUGGUCGCAGAUCGAACUGGUUCAAAAUUCACUGUCUAUUGCAACAGCAGCAGCAGCAAGAACAGCAGCAGCAGCAGCAGCUAGAGCAACAGAUGCAACAGCCGUUGCAGCAACGUCAGCAACAUCAGCAGCAACACUACCAGCCAACUCUACUGAUGUCGCACCAGUUGUCGCAGCAGCAACGUAAUCCGACGAGUUCACCUAUCCAUGGCAUUCACGGCAAUCAAAAUAGGGACGAACCCUUAAUAUUGAGUGCAGACUCGCCUAACAUAAGCUCGCCCGAAUCCCACAAUAGCGACAGCUCCGUCGAUGUCUCCGAAAGGAGAGCGGCCUUCGCCGGACAUCACGGUAUGCGGCCGCUUCCGCACUUGCCGCCGGUUGAUUUGUCUGCCCUGGGUCUGCCAUUAGGCUUUCCUCUCGGCGGUAUGUCGCUCCUACCGUCGGCCUUCCUGCCACCACCCGGACUCACCAUGUUUCCACCGUACGCUCAUGUAUAUGCGGCGCCACACAACGCGUCUCAUCCCCUUAUGGCAAAUCAUCCGUCCAGCCUACUACAACGUUCGCCGGCAACCACGAGUGAUGAAAACGAGGAGCCCGCGACCGCUACGACGUCGACCAUGACAACGACCGUAGCUACAACGACCGCGUUGAGAAUCUCAACGUCUUUGUCAUCGGCCGAUGACAAAGACUCCUACGAGAAAAACAACAAUAAUGACCGAUUCUGCCUAGAUAUGGCUCUAAAGAGAGAAGCAAACGAGCAAACGUCGGAGAGAUCGCGGAAGAGUAUGCACAGACUUUCCGAAGACAGUUCAACCGAAUGCAGUCCGGAACGGGAAGUCGCCUGUCUACCACCGCAGGAUGAUCCAAUAGAUCUCUCCAUGAAAGCCACCGCAACACCCGUUAGCGAUCAUUUACAGAACGAGAUAGACGAUGAGAUAGAUAAUGUCAGUGAUGCAGAAAACUCGGUUGCGAAGAAACCCAUAGAUUUAACGACAAGAUCAUAAGAACUGAUCAUAAUUCAAAAGAACAUAAACGAUUGUAGAGAGAAACGAGAAUGUUUUCUUCUUUUUUCUCUAGUUCUCAUCUAUCCCUAUUGGGACAAGACAUAUCACGCUUUAUUUAAAUUUACUCGCCUGUUCUUCAGUUUUAUUUGAUUUUAAAACCGGGAAUAUUUUACAAUAAUAUUAUUGUAUUAUUAAUUCUUCUCACAUGGAGAAUGCAAGGGACAAGAAUGUUUUUAUCUCGCUAUUCUCUGGUUACAAGAUCCCGUGUACAUACACGCACAGCUUUCUCGUCGCGUGAUUGUCCUCUCAUUCGUAUACACGGAAUCAAAUCCCGUGUAUAGAUUAUCCUUCGAGGGAAUAAAAUUUGUGCCGUUUGAGACUCUAGAAAUGAUACGCCACGGAGUGAAAUUUUUGCGAUUGUUUUUCACGGCCUAUCUCUAGUUUUAUUUAAUCGAAUACGAUCAUUAUUGUGCGCUAACAACGAAAAUUGCAUUUCAAUACAUUCGGUACAUACGAAGCAGAAAAAGAUUUGUUUAUAUCGAAUAAAUAAGUAGCUAAAUUUAAAUAGUUUAUUACAUUGAUGAAACACUUGCGUCGGUAUUUAUGUCAGCGAGAGAGAGAGAGAGAGAAAAAAUUUCAGUCAAUUCUAUACACUGAAAUCGACAUUAAAAAUAUAAAUCAAAAGAAACUAUUAAAAAAAUAAAGAAUUUAAUUUAUACCUUAUAAAAGAAAUAUUAGCUCACAAAUUUCUACAUUUAUAUAAAUAUGUACAAAAUUUACAUAUAUUUAGUUAUAUAUAAUUGAUAUAUUUUUAAUAGAAAUUUGUGACCUAAUAUAAUGAGUUAUAAUAAAUACUGACUAAACUUUCUUAUUUCAAUGCACUUAAAAGGACAGUGAUAUCUAAUAUUUUUAUUUUACCCCUCUCUCUCUCGCAUAUAUAUAUUUUUCUUCUAUAUAAGAAUUAUACAGAAGAGCACGUUUUUUUCAGUAUGUUCAAUAGUAAAUUUUAAUAAUUUUUCCCAGACAACACGCUUGUCUAAAAGACAUUCGAAAGAUGUUUUUUAAUCGUCUUUAAAACGUCAUAAUCUUGUCUGGAUUUGAUAUCGUCGUAAAAUUUUUCUGUUAGUUUUCUUCUAGUUGAUUCAAUCAUUUCUAACGUGUACCGAACCUCGGCAAUGUAGUAUUGAAAAAAGUGCAGUUAAAGGUAUAGUGAAAAAGUUGUAAUUAAAAAGAUUGAUUAAAAAAGGAUUGUUGAAGUUAUUAGGAUAAAAAAUAAAUUGAUAAAUAAAUUGUACAUACAUCUAUGUACAAUGUAUUAAGUAUACGAUUAGUUAUAGUCAUAUCUCGUGAUUUAGAAAAAUUAAUAAAAUGCAUACCUAUUUUAUUUCAUUGUUAAAAUGUUCUCAUAGACGAAUAGAUUUUCGUAGAAUGUCUGAAAUAAGAAAUGAUCGAAAAAAUGGAUUAAUGGUGAAUAAUUUGCAUUACAUUUUUGUUGAUUAUUGAUUACUAACAUGAACCUUGGUUUAAUGCUCUCGCAAACAAAUGCAGCGAAAAAAUAUAUCAAAAUGUUUGAUUGACAAAAUGUCUCAUAUACAUCGUAUGAGAUCAUAAAAUUGUAUUUCACUCGCGUCAUUUAAUAGAUUUGAUUUUUCUAAAAAAAUAAUUACACUUAAUAAAAAAAUGAUUAAUGAAUUAUGAAAGAAAUUUAUAAUUUAAAAAAUCUUUUUUAUAACAAAUUUUCUUCACGAUAGUAUUUUCCAAAAUUUUUAUAUUGAUAUUAAAAUUAUUAUUGAUUGUAUUAUAAGAUUGUAUAAGAUACCAUGUAAUUAUUUUCAACAUCUAAUUGUAUUCACAAUGUGUAAUUAUAUAUUUUUUUAAAUAUUGUAUCAGGAAUUGUGUAUAAAAUAUUCGUAAAAAUAUUUAAUAAAUCAAAACAUGUUCGCGAGCGAAGUCAUUGAAAAAGGUGAGACCUGUGAGAUGAUAGCCAAAGCAGAAAGAUAAUUGUAUGCGAAUUUUAAAAAGAAAAAAACAUGUAUGUUUGUUGUAACAAUAAAUAUUGUUUUAAAAAUAUUAUUACAAUUGUCAUAAGAUUUCUACAUAAUCUAAAUUAAAUUGCGCAGACAGCUGUAUUAAAAUCUUCACGAUUCAAAAUGCAAAAAUUGUAAAUUUCAUGAAGAAAGCAAGCAUGAUAAUAACAUUUGAAAAAAUUCUUAAAUAGAAUUAUUAAAAUUAGAUGCUUAGGAAGACAUUUUUGUGAUUAUUAUAAUUUAAUAGAAAAUCAUUAACUAUAAAGCUAAAGAUAAACUAUAAGGAAAGAGAUGAAGAUGUUAGAAGAAAAUAUAAAUCUUUGCUCUUUUUCAUAAGAAAAAUAUGACAAAAAUAAACCAUUUGUCUUUCAACAAAGUUACAAAUAUAUUAGAUUGGCAAAAAAGUCCUGUCGUUCUUUCUUUAUUUAAAUGAAAGACAUUUUUUCAUGUAAAGCAAAAACUUUCAUUUACAUAAAAAACAAAACGACAUGACUUUUUCGCCAACCUAAUACUAAUAAAAAAAAAAAUUGUAAAAAAUACAAAAAUAAGAAUAAAAAUAUUUUCAGAAAAGUAAUUUUUGUUUCCUUGGUUUCAAAUUUAAAAUUUAAAAGGAACGUCUACAAUGCAAUUACGAUGUUACAACGCUGCGAUGGACCAAUCAGAAAAAAAACAUAUAUUCCCUUCUUUGAUUGGACCAUUAUCAUCGACUGUAUUGUAGACGUUCUUUAAAUUUAACUCACGUAAAGCAUUUAUGAAAGGAAUUACACCACCAAAUACUACAAAAUUAGUGAUAUACGAAAAUGUAACAUACAGAAACUUUACAAUAAAAACGAAAUGCAAUAAACUCUAGUAUAUUAAAAUUAGUGAUUAGCGUAGGUAUUAUAAAAAUUUAAACUUAAAUUUUAAUAUAAAUAUUGUGAAAUAGUGUAAUAACCUGUCAAUUUGUAAUUUCCAUUUCUUAAUUUCUUAUUUCAAACAUUUUUAAAAUGUUUUCUAUUAACGUAUCAACAACAUACCAAAACAUAUAUAUUUUCGUUAUUAAACAAUAUAAAUAAAUUUAUCUUUAUCGUAGAAAUAUUUUGUAUUAGUAUUACUAGUAUUCUUUUGUUUAUUUACAGCGUGCCAAAUAAAUACUGACGCAAGUUAUCUAGCCGUCUAAUAGAUUUAAAAUUAUUUUUGUAUCUGAGAGUUAUGUGACGUAGGACACACACAUACACAUACACAAAAACACACACACUAUAUAUAUAAUAUGAUGUUAGUAUACAUGGGCGUGUGUAUGUAUGUUUAGUAUAAAAUUGUAUUGCGUGGGAUAAAGAUGUCAGGUCUUGCACAUAUAUGUUACAUUUGAAAGGUACAAAUUUAAGGUAGCUCACUUUUCUUGCAUGGUUAUGGGGUCACGCAAACGUGAAGUAAUAGGAGAGCAUUGUAAGAGGAAAGCGGAGUAAGAUUCGACUGUAAUGACAAUGAGCACUGAUGGCAGCAUUAGUCAUUAGUAUUAGAUAUAAUGGCCAUAAUAUUGUCACGGUUUUUCAUGACGUCGACCAUAAAAGUCGAUAUACAGCGAAUUAACGUUUGAUGGGAUUAAUUCGUGCAUGUUUGUAUUAUGAGAAAUUAGGCACAAUUGUGGUACAAUGUAUGAACAACAAUACUUUUAAAUAUGCAGUAUUUAUAAGUCUUAUUGCAAACAAUGCAGACGAAUAAAUGUAGAUAUAUAAAUCCGACAAGAAAGGGGUGCUUCGCGUGCAACUGUACAUCCUACGUUUGCAGAUUCCAGUUUAAAAUAAAAAAAAAUGUACAUAUACUAUCAAAUGUAAAUAUAAUGUUAUAAUUUUCUGUGUAUUAUAUUAUUUUAUUUUAUAUAUUUUACACGUAUAUUUUAUUUUAUUCUAUAUUGUUAUACUUUCAUGUGUCAUGCAAAAGUUCUCUUCAACCUCCAAGAUGCGUGUCGGAGGGUUCCGAUAGACUUUUCGCGCUCUUUAUUCUAGAAAAUCUAUUCUACAGGGAGAGCACGUAAAAAAAUUCUGCAUAUUUAUUAUUUAAUCACACAAGAAGGAAUCAAAAUCUUUUCACCGCCCGUAGUGCGAACGCUCGCAAGCAUGUGACUGGCACAAAAGAGCGAUGCAAUGAUCUAAGAUACGCGUAUGUUGAAUGACCGCGUGAAUGGCGUGUUUCACAGCAUCUCCUAAUUAUCUUUUCGCUCGCGUACAAUCGAAAUCCCGCGACCUUCCUCACCUCGCAUGAGCCUAAACGCGCGAGCACGCGCGCUCUAUUCGCACGAGGGCGCGAGCGCGAGCGUCGUAGAAGAAAAAGAAGAAAAAAAGAUUAUUGCGACGGCCGACGCGACGUCUCAAUUCCGAGGCAAGCGAACGAUCGAUGCUCGCUUGUGCAACAACCAAUCGCCUUUAACGAGAUUCCACCGUUUUAAUUAACGAGCACGCAAGCUUUAGCGUCGCUCGCUCGCUCGCUCGCUCAUUCGCGGUAAUCACGCGAGACGAAGAUGAACGACGGAGGACGCCAGCGAUGAACACAUCGCGGCGCACACGCGUACGCGUUAGGUAUAUACGACAUCGGUAGCCGUUUUAUCUUACAAAAGCCUGUAUCGCGUUGUCGAUGUACAUCUAUUAAGCUAGCCCCAAUGCAAAAUUUAGUUUAAAAUAUUUUCAAAUUAAGUGCUAAUUAGGUUCUAAUUAGGCGUUAAAGUCCGAAAUUACGUGCCCAAACCGUUUGAUAGAAAAUUAAAAAAAAAUUGGGUGGGUCUAGCAUAACAUUAAGCACUCCCUAACAAAAAAAAAUAAAUUUUUAUUAUAUAAACGAAUAAACAAAUACAGUAGAGUUAAGUGCUAAUUGGGUGAUUCAAGAAAUAAUGAAAAUGAAUCAAAAAAAUAUAUUAUAAAACUUGGAAGUCGCGCGGUUGGUUCACAAGAAAAAAGUCAUCUUGAAAAAAUUAGAUGCUCGAACAAAUUUAGCAUUAAGAAAUUCUUUUUUUUGUUUAAUAUCAUUUAAAGAUAUCAAGUUGUCGAAUUAGGAAGAAAUAAAAUUUUUUAAGUUGUACUAUCAUUUUUUGUUCAGUUACAAUUUUAUGCAAACUCUUAAAAAAAUUAACAACAGUAGUUUUCUUUUUUCAUUCAGUUUACCUUUUUUUUAUUUCAAAAUUACAGAACAGCCAUUUAACAUUGCUUUAGUAACGUAUAAAAUAUAAAUUAAAAUGGCUUUUGUAAUUUAUUAGCAGUCCUUGCGAAAAUCAGUCGAAUAUUGUAAAACUAAAAUUCUUAUUGAUUGCAUCAUCAAAAUAACCUUCUACUAUUUUUUUUUUUUUAAUAUGUGUGCUUUGUCUUUAUAACUUUUUGUAAACUUGUGUUUAAAUUUUUUAUAAAACAUUAUACAAAAAAAAAUCCAUGACAAAAAUUUUAUAGUUUCAGUUUCAAACCUCAACUUUGAUUGUUAAUUUCAACAGUACAUGCUAUACAUUUUUUAAGAUUACGAUAAUCAUACAUGAAAAUCCCUCAAGGGAUUUCUAUCUUUUGCAAAUGAAUUCGCGAAGAGUCAUUGUGAACAUCGAGAAUUUCGGGGGAGACGGUUUCUCUCUGCGUUUCGGUUCUGGAUUCUCACAGGCGUCACGAACGAUUUUCGCCGUCGUUUUGUCCGGCAACGUAACCGUCGAACACCGUUUCGCUUUUAAGGCGGAGUUACGGUGCGAUUUGUAGACCUGUUCGCACGACCAGUAGUGCCUUUCUGCCAGGAAUUUAAGGCAGACCGAACGAAGGACACACACAACCGCGAUCCGGUAGACGAAGAAAUCAUUCGAUUCGUGUAGCUCGUUUCGGCUACGUGUCGGGCAAUCGGUACUUUUGAGAUUUUCAUCCAAGAAAAUAGAGAGAGAAGUUGAUGACGAAUGUACGAUACAGUUUUAUAUAGUUAUUUAUAAAAUUAAAAGUUGCAAUUUCAUAUAAACUUAAAAAUCAAAACUGAAAAAUAUAUUUAAUUGACUUUUAUCUUCAUAAAAAUAUAAUUUAAUAUCUAAUUAUUAAAUUCUAUGUUUAACAUUGAACGUUUAAAGUAUCUUCGAUACAUACAACGGCCACCAGCAAUGUGUUCUCUCAAUGCAGAAAAAGCAAUUUUAAUUAUAUUAUAAAUCUACAAAAAUUAUAUUUGAUGCUAGAAUACUCUACAUCUUUGUGAAGUUAACUAAUCAUAAAAAUAAAAGCAGUGUCUUGUUACAAUUGAUAACAAGUGCUACCAUACGAUAUGUGUGUGCUGCCAAAUAGAUAUUCUAGAAUUUUGUGUUUUGCGAAUUAUAUUCACAUGAGAUUAGCAGAUAUUGUGAGUUCGUGUAUAUAAAAUUUGUAUAUUUUAAGGUACCACCACAUUAUCAUUCUUUUUUUGUUUAAUCACAAUUUCACAAAUUUGCAUCUCACGUUUAAUAUAAUUGUACGAUAUACGUAAUUUUAAUUAAUUUCUUAGUUAUUGUUAAUAUUAAGCUCCUCUCAUUAAAGCCCUUUGUAGAUCGAAUAUAUAGUCAAUAAAGGCCAGUAUUGUACCAACAUAAGAAAUCGUUUUAUCCCGAAUAUAUUUAUUGUAUUUAUUCCAUCAUUUUAGUCAAAUCUAUAUGUAAUGUGUAAAACUUGUAUGCAUUGCUAGCUACGGAAUAAUUUGUAAAUAAACAGUUGGCAUGUUUUGAAAACGGGAUCGUGGCCAGUAAGUACUCAUUUGUACACUGUAGAUAUUACAUAAUAAUAAAAGAAAUUAUUUUUUUACCAA